AUGAAAAGGGAAUUCCCGCUAGUACGCUCGUUCCACAACUUGGUGUGGAACAUACGGCAUUACCGACAUCCGGCCCAGCGGCCCAGUUUCAAGGCAAGCAGGCAUCCAUUUUGCACGAAUAUUCAGCUCCAGAAUGCCUCAUGCGCUUUUUGGCUCAAGGAGACUUCUAAGGAUAUGGGGUCGAGAAUCGUUAACGUUUUAAGUGAUCCAGCAGCCGCCUGUAAGUCUCACCAGACAAAGCAAAUAAGCACUAGGUUGGUGAAACUACAUCCAACGGCGCUCUGUACGCCUUACGGCGUUCAAAAGACGCAUGAGCUAGAACAGAAGGAUGAAGAGCAGGCAGUAAAGGACAAGAUGAUAGAGUUGUUCAAAAAGGGCAGAUUUAAAGACUUCAACGUUCUUAUUCAGGAAUACAGGCAAAGGGGCCUGACUCUACCUGCUGAUGCUCUUGAUGACAUGGUAGAAGAGGUACGCAAAGACGCCUCAGGUAGGGAAGAAAAUGAAGACCACAUAUACAAAGCUGAGCUAGAGACGCCGUGGUACAUUGGAAAGAACGACCUUAGCGCAGCUGCGGUGUUUGACAACAUAUACCCAAGAAUACCAAAAUUGUAUGAGUUCUUUCAAGUCCUCAAGUGCAAAAAUCUACGAAGGGCCAGUUCGAAAACUCUAGAGAAUGGUAUAUGGCUUUGCUAUCAUAUGGAUGAUGCCAACACAUUACAGCUGCUUCUCUAUGCUUACUUGCAGAAGGCAAGCUAUGAUUCCAAGACCUUGAGCUAUGCUGUCAACGCAUUCGUUCUCAACUACGACGUUCAGUUUGCAAAAUCACUCCUUCAAAGUAUAGUGGACCUCGGGAAACCGCUUAAUAGCGUGCUCAUAUCCUCAACAAUAGCCAAUCUUGUCAAGGUUGGCGCCAUUUUCGAAAACCUAGAUUGCAUUACCCACAGCUGGCUCAGUGCCCAAAACUGCUCUGUACCAGAUGUGAGGACGAUUGCGUUAAUAUACAAGCAGUAUCUUAAGUAUGGGCUGCAUGACGAGAUAACGAAGAUUCAACAAACGAUAGAAAAUUUGGGUUACAAGAACCAUUACUUGAUAUCGAUGGUCAAGUUACACAGUGACAUACAGAUGAGAGUUAAUACUCAAAAGAUUCAUUUGACGACUCACGACAUUUGUCAAAUCCUCCAAAUCAGAAAUUCCGUUGCAUACAACCUAUCAGCAUCACGCAUAUAUUACGAAUCCACACUAGCUUUUCUCGCGAGACAUGCCACGACAAAUAAGUUGGAAUUUGUUAUAAAGGAGAUGAUGAAUGAUGGCAUACAACCAUCUCUUUACGCAUAUAAUGUCAUAAGCAAGCAUUACGUCACAGAAAGAAAGUUUUAUCCGCUCCUUUCGUUGGUAAAAAACUCUCUUGUCCCAUUAAAGAGCUUCCAACCGCAAUACGUUCAAUACCUUUUUGAAGCGUUUCUUAGGACAUACCCAUAUGAAGGGUUAGAGUUGUCAAAUGCGUUGCAACACUGGUUACAAAAUGAGAAGAACAUUCUCGACCUUGGGACCAAACAACGCAUUUUGUCAUCAUGUUCGGUGACAAAUGUCGAGUCUAACAUGACUCCUUUCGCUCUUCAGAAGGAUACCUUAUUAAACGAGCGGAAAUACGACUCACCCCAGUGGGGUCCAAUGAAGCACAAUUUACUCAGGAAGUUGAAGUGGAAGAACAAACAGCAAGUCACCUUUAGGGUUAAUAAGGGAUUCCGCGACAUACUACGGAAAGGUGUAAAGCCUGACUACCACAUACUCGAGAAUACCUUACGGUCUCUGAAAUUCCAAUACAGAGUCGGCAUCAUAGAGAGUCUUGGUCAAAUGCGCAUGAAUCUGUGCAAAACAAGGCUUUCAAUUAUUCAUGAGAUUAUGAGCAACCCAUCAAAGAGCCGUCUUCAGAAGUUCCUGAAAGAGGUGGAGCCCUAUUUGAAUACAAGUGACAAGAUUUUCCUUGCAAGAAGGCUCAUGAACAAGAAUUUAUUCACUGAGGCCUCUGAACUUCUCUCCUCUGUAAAUGCAGACGAAGUCGGAGACCAAAGAAGCAUGAUACUUCUUAACUUGCGACUCCGUAAUGAACUUGGGCGAAACAACUUUGAGAAAUGUGAUGACAUCAUAAGAAACUUUCCUAUCAAUCGAGUCACUCUCAGUCCCUACAUCCUUAAGCAAUGCUGCUACAUAGAGAAGUCGCUUAUGCGAAAGAUAAAGGCUCUGGAAGCCAACGUUACGUCCAAGCUUCGUGAGAUGACUGACGCUAUGGAGCAUACCUUGCAAUUGUUGAGCGGGUUAAUUGGGGACAUUGAAAUGAGAUUGGCCCUGGACAAGAAAGACCUUAAAGAAACAAUGGUGGAAAUGUUUCAAAUAUUAGACCAAUGGAUCAAAAGGACCACACAUGAUGACUUCUAA